AUGGCCUCAACCAGAGAGCUCGCAGACACUUUACCAUUCUAUCCUCCGGAAGGCUACGACAGCACUGAUCAAUUGCAUUCCAAAUUUGCAGCAUAUACCUUGAUUCCGCUGGACCAUGACGGCCAACAACGCUUUCUCGAGGAUCUGAACACGGGCGAUAUGACAACAAGUAACUGCGUCCUUGCACCUCAGCCAGACUUCUCUGGUCGCACACUCCGAGAAAUUUAUGACUACCAUAUCGAAGAAGCCAUUAAAGACGACAACGAAAUGCAUUCCCAUUUCAUCAUCGUGGCCGAUCAAGAAGACUGGAAGCUCAAGGGUGUCCUCGUUGUCUAUCUGUAUGCCGGAAGGCAGUUGACCAAACAUGACGACGAGGAUUUUGAAUGGGAGGCGACGGUCGGGGUGUUGCGUUGUGGAAUAGACAUGGCAGAUUGCGUUUGUUGCAAUCUCGAAAUUGAUAAUGUGGAUUGGUGUGAGGAAAAGGAGAGUGAAGAACAAGAGUGGGGUGGUGAGGAUCCCUACACGAACCCGCGAUACGCCAAGUACCAUUGGAAUACGGGCGAGCUGAACUGA